UCGAUUAGUCGUCGAUUGCCUGUUGAAAGGUUCGCACACUGUCCUUCUUGGAGGUGUUUGUUGGUGCUGGUGGUGGUUGGAGGCUCACACAAAAAAGAAGAAGAACAAUCAAAAUUUAACAGUGACAAUGCAUGUGCAGUGGAUUUCGGUCAGCUUGGUGGUGUUAUCAGUGUGCUUGGUGCCUCUGUUGUACAGUGCCGGUGUUAGCGGUCAACAGAACUCGCCGAUCGUAGUGAUUGAUGGGCUCGGUACGGUACAAGGAACACGGGGCCGUACCGCCUGGACGGAUCGGGAAAUUUUCAAAUUCUACAACAUCCGCUACGCGGAAGCUCCGAUCGGCCAGCAACGGUUUCGCAAUCCAAUUCCCGUGAAACCGUGGAGCGGCGUGUACAAUGCAGCGCUCCCGGGGAAACCAUGCCCCCAGAUUGGCAUGAACAUGAGCACCAGUGAUUUAGCGGCCGAAGAUUGUCUCACACUGUCGGUGUAUACGCAAAAUGUAACUGCCAACCGUCCCGUGAUGGUGUUCAUACAUGGUGGCGCGUUCGUCGUCGGGUCCGCCUCACUCUACGAACCGGACUAUCUGCUCGAAAAGGACAUUGUGCUGGUGUCAAUCCAGUAUCGGCUCGGUCCGCUCGGCUUUCUUUCCACCGGUACCGCCAACAUCCCGGGCAAUAUGGCCAUGCUCGAUAUGAUCACCGCGCUGGAGUGGGUUUCGAACAAUAUUCGCUUCUUCGGCGGCGACCGUACCUCGGUGACGGUGUUCGGUGAGUCGGCGGGCGGAGCAGCCGUAUCGGCCCUGCUGUACAGUCCAACGGUGCGGGAAGAUCUAUUCCACCGUGCCAUCAUACAGUCCGGGUCCAUCUUUUCGCCCUGGGCGACUUGUAAAUCACCAAAGGAAGGGGCGCUUGACAUUGCAAGGCGCGUCAACUGUGAUCGACCGGUGGAAACGAUGGAAGAUUGUUUGCGGAAUGUGCCGGCGCUAAGGCUGAUGGAGGCGUACGAGGAGCACAGGAACACACAGUUCAACAUUACCGGCUAUCCGGACGUUUCCGGCGCGUGCAUCGUCAUCGGCGAAGCUUCACCGUUCAUGCCGAAGCACCCGAAAACGCUACCGCGCAGUGCAUUCCGCAAUGUGGAGCUGCUGGCCGGUACUACCGCACAGGAAGGGCUCAUGUUUUGGGAAGGCGUGUACCGGUACGGACUGUCCUACCGGCCGGAAACCAUUCAAUCCUCCUGGGACCUGCUGCAGCUCAUCGACACCAUCAACGAGCGGUUCGGCGCGAGCUCGAACGAUGGUUCGCACACGUGGCAUCAACUUUUCAGCACCUUCCUCACGACCGAGAUAGACCGGGCCAACUACACCGAGCUGCUUCCCGGACUGGUGGAUAUCUGCGGAAAUCUUGCCAUCAAAGCGCCGGUCUUGCAGGACGUGACACGAUUCGCUCACGCUAACCCGGGCAAGGUGUAUCUGUACAGUUUCGAUUACAGCGGCGUACCGUCCAUGUACAACUUCUCCUCCACGGACGAUGAGUUCAAGUAUCCCUACCACAACAAUUCGUUUCACGCGGAAGAUCUGUUCUAUCUGUUCCCGCUCGGGCAGCGUCUCAAUCCGCGCGAUACCGAGAUCGCAAAGGCAAUGGUCGAUCUGUGGACGUCGUUUGCAGUCAGUGGACGCCCUGCGGCAGCAGCAUUAAAACAGAGCUGGAAUCCCGUGUCGCAUUUUAACGGUCCGUAUCUAAAAAUAAACGAAGCGUACGAGGAACGGCAAAACUAUUUCAACGAAUUCACCGCCUCCACUGAUAAGGCCAGACAGCAGCGGUCGGCGGCUACUCUUUUGGGGCUUUCGCGGGCAACCAUAGCCGUGGUAGCAUUGCUUUACAGUGUAAUUAGACACUUGAUGUAAUAAAUUUAAAAAAAAAAACACUCACAUUUCCCCUAU